UUUGACGUGCAGAUUUAAACCAAGCCUCACCGCAUGAGUGAUGCAUACGUAUCGUUGACUGCCUACCUCAUCUUUUCUCUCUCGGACCGGGCUCAUUGCUCUCGCUAACGCCGAGUGGAUCCCGUUCCGUCUAGUCCAAUUCCCCGGCCGGCGAGCGCGGAUUGCAACCACUUUGAGCUUGUCUCUUCCACUCCCCUCCCUCCCUCUCCUCUUCUUUGUGUCACAUUCUGCAUAUGUAGCAAAGUCCAACUCUAUCUAUAUAUCUCGGAAUCCCCUCACACCUCUCGGGCAAGAGGGCCUCUGAUGAACCAUGUCCACAUUCAGACAGUUCUUCCGCACUUUCUUCCAGCAACCGCCCAUACGUCCCGGUACUAAAAAGGCUUCAGCAACACCAGCCUCUGUGCUCGCCCUCUCAAUGGCAUCAUAUUCAACCACCGUCACCAAGAUCCCCGACUUGGGUCCCUCGCCCGAGGAUGCCUCGUCCAAGCCUCACCACGUCACGAAGAAUGGCAACAGAGUCGGCUUCAAGAACGUUCACCCUUCCUUUGGUGAUGGCAUUGGCUUUUCCAAGAUGGUCCGCCAUGUCCUCUGGCCGCAAGUGACGGGUGAGCUCAAGUGGCCAGACACCACGCCGCCAACUGUGACCGUCAAGAAGCCAGAGUUCCUGCCCAACCGCACAGCCUCAGACAAGCUCCGCGCGACAUGGCUGGGUCACGCCUGCUACUAUGUAGAAUUCCCCUCCGGCCUGCGCGUCCUCUUCGACCCCGUCUUCGAAGACCGCUGCUCGCCCUUCUCAUUCAUGGGUCCCAAACGCUUCACCCCCAGACCCUGCGACCUCGCCGACAUACCCUUUGUUGACGCUGUCUUCAUCAGCCACAGCCACUACGACCACCUCUCCCACGAGUCCGUCCUCACCAUCCAGAAGCACAACCCAAAGGCGCACUUCUUCGUCGGCCUCGGCCUGGAAUCCUGGUUCAAGAACGCCGGCCUCAAGAACGUCACGGAGCUCGACUGGUGGGAGGACGCCGAAAUCACCCUCAACAUCGAUAAGGGCGUCGACGAGGCGCCCGAGUCCAUCGCCGCCCAGGUCUCUUGCCUCCCCUGCCAGCACACCUCCGCCCGCACGCCCUUUGACAAGGACACGACGCUUUGGGCCUCGUGGGGCGUCAAGUCGGCCGGUAAGUCGGUCUGGUUCGGCGGUGACACGGGAUACCGCGCCGUGCCGUGGACCCCGCUCGACGUCGAUGACUACGGUCCAAAGUACGCCCACCUGCCCAUGUGCCCGCAGUUCAAGCAGAUCGGCGAGUUCCGUGGGCCGUUUGACCUCGGCCUGAUCCCCAUCGGCGCAUACUACCCGCGCGUAGCCUUCUCAGGGAUGCACGCCAACCCCUUCGAUUCCGUCGAGAUCUUCCAGGAUACCAGGUGUCAGCGCGCCAUGGGUAUUCACUGGGGAACAUGGGCUCUGACCAUGGAAGAGGUUCUGGAGCCGCCAAAGCUUCUCCAGGAGGCCAUGAAGAAGAAGGGCUUGCCCCCGACUGGCGUGUUUGAUGUGUGUGAGAUUGGAGAGAGCAGGGACUUUUAGGCAGAAGUCCUUCUGUUGUGUACUACCACUGUUUCCAUUGUCAGUUUUCCCGCAUUGCGAUCAGGCGUUCUCUCGUGUAAAGGUUCAUAAACACUAUGUAGAUCAAGGCAUGCAACGCGUGUGAUAAGCGUUCAUCCAUAAUCGAAAUCCGUCGCUGAAAAACGUCCUUGAUUCUAAUCAAGCUAUGAAUCAAUCAGGCUAUGUGCCCCAGCAAGGCGAGUAAUAAACAAUAUGCAGUCAGCCUGCGCAUGACCAUAUGCAUGCCAACAACAUCAACAAGG